AUGUCUUACGGCGAUCUCAAGAACAAAGUCUUCUUCGUCACUGGCGCUGCCUCUGGACAGGGUCGUGCGACCUCCAUUCUCCUCGCUCAACAAGGGGCAAAACUAGGUCUUCUUGAUCUUAAUGAUCCCCAACCGGUUAUUGAUGAAAUUGAGAAAGCUGGUGGUGAAGCUAUCGGUUUCAAGGUUGAUGUGACCAACUCCUCUGGCGUCGAGGCUGCUGUGAAAGCCACCAAGGAACACUUUGGUCGGGUUGAUGGUGCGGCCAACCUGGCAGGCUGGAUCGGCACCCAGGGCUUCAAAGGGAAAGGGUAUGCUCUGGAUGUGAUCAAGGAUGAGGAAUGGGAUAAAAUGAUGUCUAUCAAUCUGAAUGGCGUCCGGAAUAGCCUGUCAGCUGAACUGAGACAUAUUGCCAAUGACGGGAGUAUCGUGAACGUUGCGAGUAUUGCUGGCCAGCGUGGAUCCCCGUGGAACGCCCCAUACGGAGCAGCCAAAUGGGGCGUGAUUUCCCUGACCAAGUCAGCUGCACAGGAAGCGGGCCCCAAGAACGUUCGAGUGAAUGCGGUGGCUCCUGGAGUUGUCGAUACGCCUCUUGCGACUGCCCUAGGCUCUGCCGAGGUCGUUUUCCAGAGAAUGGUGUCCAGAAGCGCGCUUCAACGACUGGCCCAGCCAGAGGAGAUUGCCAGAUGCAUUUUGUUCUUGCUCAGUGACGCUUCCAGCUUUGUCACCGGUAGUGUUCUGAACGCCGAUGGUGGAUUUCAGUAG